AUGGCCUCCUCCGACGGUAUCGGCAUUGCGAACUUGCCCAACCAGAGGCAUAAGAUUGUCGCUAAGCGCGGCGCGCACUUCACCAUUAUGGUUGUCGGCGAGUCGGGUCUGGGCAAAACAACGCUCAUCAACACGCUCUUCUCGACCGAGCUCUCCCCGCCCAAGAACUACUCGCGCCGCCACUACAAGCAGCUCGACAAGCUGACGGACAUCGAGAUCAUCAAAGCCGAGCUCGAGGAGAAGCAGUUCAAGGUGAAGCUCACCGUCAUCGACACGCCCGGCUUCGGGGACUACGUCAACAACCGGGACAGCUGGGCUCCCAUCGUUGAUUUCAUCGACGACCAGCACGAAGCGUAUAUGAUCCAGGAGCAGCAGCCGCAGAGGGUGGAGAAGACGGACUUGCGCGUGCACGCGUGUUUGUACUUUAUUCGCCCGACGGGACACACUCUCAAGCCGCUCGAUAUUGAGAUUAUGAAGCGCCUCGGGACGCGCGUGCAUGUCAUCCCCGUCAUUGCCAAGGCGGACACGCUCACGCAGAACGACCUCUUCACCUUCAAGCAGCGCAUCCGGGACGUCAUCACCGCGCAGAACAUCCGCAUCUACCAGCCCCCGAUCGAGGCGGACGACACGCAGAGCGCCGAGCACGCCCGCAUCCUCUCCGAGGCGAUGCCCUUCAGCAUCAUCGGCUCGACCGAGGACGUCCAGACGCCCGACGGCCGCGUCGUCAAGGGCCGCGAGUACCUCUGGGGCGUCGCCGAGGUCGAGAACGAGGCGCACUGCGACUUCAAGAAGCUGCGCUCGCUGCUGAUCCGCACGUUCAUGCUCGACCUGAUCAGCACGACCGAGGAGGUCCACUACGAGAACUACCGCCAGCAGCAGAUGGAGACGCGCAAGUUCGGCGAGCGCAAGGUUAAGAAGUUCAACAACCCCAAGUUCCAGGAGGAAGAGGAGGCGCUGCGCAAGCGUUUCACGGAGCAGGUCAAGGCCGAGGAGGCCCGUUUCCGCCAGUGGGAGCAGCACCUUAUCGCCGAGCGCGACCGCCUCAACAAGGACCUCGAGUCCGCGCACGGCGCUAUCAAGUCCCUCGAGGCUGAGCUCGACAACCUCCAGGUCGGCUACGGCCGCGGUACCGCGCGCCGAUAA